AUGGCGACAACCAUGGCUUCUAGCGCCUCGUCCCUCGCUGUUAGCCUUCACGAGCAUAACAAGUACAUGAGUACCAAUGCCCGCGUUGAAAGCGGUCCCAUUGACUACUCUAAGAUGAUGCAGCAAAAGCCUCAAGACUCACCCAUGAUCCCGCUCACUGACGGGAUUCGCGUAGUUACGGCUGCUGAGUACAAGGAAGCAGCCGCGUGUCUGGCGGAAGCUUUCGCCGAAGAUGAUGUCGCUCGCUACUUCAUCGAUGUGCCUGACCGCGCGCAGUGGACCGACCGGCAGAAGUGGGAUCUUCACGUGGAGAUUCUUGAAUAUGUGACGUAUGCUCACAUCAUGAAGGGGCUUGUCACAACGAUUGGCGAUUUCGACGCGGUUGCUCUGUGGAUGCCACCUGGCCAGAACAUGGACGACUAUUGGACGAUGCUCCGAUCAGGAAUGUGGCGUCUCAAUUAUCGGCUGUCCGGUGAAGGCAAGCGGCGCUUCUUUAAUGAGUUUCUACCACUCCUUCAUGACACCAAGGCAGGGACACUGGGUGCCCAAGAUGACCAUUCCUGGUAUCUCGUGUAUAUUGGUACUAGACCGGCGGCGCAGGGCAAAGGGCACUGCCGCAAAUUGAUUGAGCAUGUGACCAACCAUGCAGACGUCGAAGGUAGGAUGACGUAUCUAGAGAGCAGCAACGACAGGAACCCAGCCAUCUACCGCAGAUUCGGGUUCGAGACGGUAAGGACGGUCCAUUUGCAGCGCGGGGAAAAGAAUGUUUCGCUGGAUAUCAUGGUAAGGGAACCAGAGAAGGGGUUGGAGGAGAAGUAA